AAUGCUCUACCCGGAAUUGUCAAAGGGUCGAGUUAUGACCCGAAGUAUUGGACGGAGGUCGCUUUUGUGACGGAUGGUUACUGUGGCUCUGCUUGCUCGAUAUUUACGCAGACUCUACAGCUCACGGGAGCUGCAACAGCUUUCACUUUCGGUGGUCUGGCCGAUCAGGCGAUGGAUGUUGCCUCUUUUGGUGGUGGAAACGUUCUGGAAUAUGAUGACAUAUCCCCUCUAUUGAAUAUUGCCAGUCAUCUCGGGUACUGGGCUACAUUUGGUGAGUCUGACUAG